GUCAUCUCCCACCGCCGCUUGAGAGAGCGAGUGCGUCUCUCUUCUCUGCAUCCCGCGGGCGCAAGGCGCCUCCGCAUCAUCAUCUCGACUCUGCGGCUGCCGACUGCACAUUCGGCUCUCCGAUGUGACUUGUGACUACACCGUGUGGCUAUCACCUUUUUUUUUAUUAUUAUUACUAUCUAUAUUCCUCCGUUUCCUCGAAGCCGAGACCUUCCAUCGCGUGCUGCCACCCCGAGGAACUUGAGAAGUGCGUGUGUGUCUGUGACUCGUGCGAGGUGCUUUAUUUAAGAACUGCUGAGCCGUGUGAGGUGCGCGUGUGAGUCAACAGUGUGGCCCGGGCCUGCCAGCGACGUCUGCGUCGUUGUCGGUUCUUCGGUUUCAUCUACCGUGGAGUAUACGCCAUCGGAAGAUCUUCGCACUGUGCCUUCUGAACGUGGUGGCCAGACGUAACCAUCCCGUUCCCUAAUUUUUCAUUCUUUUCUUUUGUGCGCAAUUUUGGGCACAGAGUUUCACAAUUUUUGAGGCACGUCCACCCGAGCACAACUUUUCUUCUUUUUUAUUUUCAUUUUGCUUGUGUGUGUUUGUGUUCGUCGUUGCGUGUGCGUGUGUGAGUGUACCGUCGCCGUCCUCGGAUUCCGCCUCCUCGAGGGUUCGCGUGUCGGUAGAGAAAAACCGUGCGCUGCUGCGUCUCCUUGACGAGGUUCUCUCUCCCGUUCCCUGCUCUUCUCGGAAAGACAAGAACGCGGCGUCGAGCAGCGGUCGCCGCUCGUUGUGUUGCGCUUCCUGCUUCUUUUAAAGUGGUGCGCAUCUUGUGACUGGGCUCUUCGCUGCCUGUCGUCAUUUCUGCCGUUGUCAAGUGCACUUAUUCUCGCUCCCAUGAAGACACACGCUAAGCGCCCAAGAACGACAACGCUGGCGAAUGCGAAUGUCGGGCCGUGCGACUUGGAGGAGGUGCUGCUACGUCGGCCCGCAGCGGCGUUUGCGAGCAUCCUCGUGAUGGCAUAAGACAGAAGGCGCAAAAGAGGGGGAUUAUGCUGAGCUAUGCGUGCUGCCAGUAUGUGGUGACGAGAGUGACCCUGUACCACAGCGCGUUGGUGGACUUGUCUCGAAGUCGUUCGGUGCACGCUAUCGAACACGAGCCCUGCUGUCCGGAUCCCCAGUUUAUCUCGGCGAACGACUGCAAAGCCGUUCACUACGGCGUUUGCUCGCCCCUGCUCAAGCUUCCAUCGUUCUCGGUGGCGCCCACGUCGCCCGCCAUCGUUAUGGCGCCGCAGCCUCCGAGGCCCCAGUCGGCCACGUCUACGGCGACGGACUUGAGUUUAGAGGGGCUGGAUCCCGUCGAACUCUUGGCCGUUGACCUGGAGGGCAAGCUCGAAGCUCUGGUUAACUCUUUCGUCGCUCAGGACAAAGUGAAAACCGCCGCUAGAAAGUCGAAGACAGCCAUGGCUUCGUCCCAGGCUUCGGCCGCUAAGAAGCUGGUUUCGAACCAGUCUUCCGGAGGAGCAGGCACAUCGAGCGUGGUGCCGUCGUUCGGCGGAAAACAGGAGUCAAAGGCACCUUUCAAAGACGACUCGGGUAAAAAGCGAGUCAAAAGCGGUGACCCGGAAGCGAAGACACCGAGCAAGACGAGCAACGACAAAUUGGCCAGCGACGCUGCGCCCAGAAAGGUCGGCACCGUCCUGGUGACAUCAGGAACAGGAGUGACAACUAAGAAGGACGUCACCGCUCGCGUCACACCCGUGGGAGUGAAAGCACCAGCUUCGGAUGCACCCACUACGAAAGAUGUUACGUCGAAACUGAAGGCCUCAAAAUCGACUCUCACUUACAACUCGCAUGAGAACGAUGCGGCCAAAAAGAAAGUGGACAAGCCGACCUCAAAAACGAGGUCCCUUCUCACAGUAGACGGACACGAACACAGUCCUUCAUCAGACGCUUCAACGGACAGCGAGAAAACGGAGAAAUCGCCUUCUCCAACUCCUGGCAGUCAAAGAAAAGUGUUUAAGUUGUCCCCGCCAAACGUCAUAUCUCUAGUCACGGGUGCUCCUAAACCUGCUGCCACUCCGCCUCCUACCUUCAGCGCCACAUACGUUUCAGCCGCGACACCUUCUAAAUCUACAACAGCGACGGUGGCUGACAAAGUGGCAGUCCGAGAUUCACCGUCUCCGAAGAUGUCUCCGAAAGACAGUGCGAAGGACUCCCCUGCCAGGCCUUCGAGUCAUCCUAGCGGCCCCAAAGAGCCCAGCACUAAAGCUCCUAGUCAUGAGCCAUCUAAGCCAGCACUAUCAGACAGUGGCAGUGUGUCCAGAGAAAGGAAGACAGUGCAACCCUCGUCUUCGCCGACGCCCAAGCCCGUAAUAGCCGUGAAGCCAGUUAGCGGCAACAGGAAUGCGACGGCGGCGACCUCCGCGGCCAUGGAUUACGCUAAGUCCCGAUUCCAGGGUCUGCCCGAGCCGAAGCAGUUCGAGGAACUUUUCAAGCAGAAGCCCUGCAAGAACGGCCACGUCGUGAACGAUGCCAAAAGCCGGUGGGAGUCGUUGACCUCUCCGAGCUCUACGGCGGAGCAGCUGUGGCCCAACAGCGUCGGCAGCGGCAGGAGCAGCAGCGCUCCCGUCGCGAUCCCUGGAAGCAACUGCAAUCACGAAUUGCAAGGGCCUGACUUGGACUCGCCGCUGUCGACUUCGCCGAGGCGACUCAACUCGCCCGAGGCAUUGUUCCUCGAGGCCAGCUCGCCACCCAGCAUCCCGCACCCGCGGCUCACGUCGUCGCAGAAGCAGCACAUCCGCGAGCGCUCGCUGUCGCCCACCGAGCGCACUCACAUGCACGUGCCCGUGCGCCCUUUCCUCACCAAGGGUUCUGUGGCCGAGCGCGUGCUGCUCUUUGAGCGCUGCCCGGAGCGUGCCAGCCUGGAGCGCACGCCGGCGCCGGCUAAGGGCAAGCCGACUGUGUACAACGUGUGGAAACAACACCACGGCACAGCUGACUCCCACUCAGGAUCGCAGAACGGUUCUCGUGCGGCGGCGAUGAAGGCCGCAGUGAAAGCCGAUGGCGGCGUGAUCGCCAUCAUACGUCAAUCAAACAGCAGCCAACGGCACAACGCAGCCUGCUUCGGAGCAUCGUACCGGUCACGUGACCAGAGCAUUGAUGAGUACGCGCAGCAGGACUCGGGCGCGUCAGCGACGAGCUGCCACUGA